UGGGCUAAAAAGAGAAGCAAAUUUUCCCAACUGAAUAGACUUCUCCUCGGCGUAGUGUGUUGCAUGUUGCGUAUGUGUGCACACUUUGCACAACUUCUGCCAAAACAAGCGCUCGUGCCCGUUGCGAAAUAUCUGUGAUAGGGUUAGGGCUAAGAGACUCGCUGUAAUCAUGUCCGCUAGGGGCUGUUAUGGUGAAGCAGGGUCACCACCGCCCCACGAAGUUUUCAAAGAAACGAGCGAAUUGACGGGAAAACACGGAAGUGGCCAUUGGCUGAUUUAGCCAUUCCACAACAGAGAGGGAACGUAAGAGGGGUGUGUUCACUGCUUGGCCGCUGUCACUAAUUUUCACAUGCUCUCGGUCUUGUCAGUUACUAUCUCACUUAAACCCAGGCUUGUGACCAUUAUUGCUCUGUUUGUUUUAUCUUUGGCAAUGGUGGUGAUAUCGUGAGGCUAUACAUUACAGUAUAAUCAUUGAGAGAUAAACAAAAAAUUAAUUCUCCCGAAAAUUACUUCCUCUUACUGUGCUAUUGUGCGCGCAAGAUAACAAAGCUGAGUCGUUCAACGGGGCAGACUUCAACUGCCACCCACGUCUCGCAGUGUUUCAAGCAAACUAAUAAAUACAUCAUUAUGCUUCCCGCAAACACCGUUUCCUCCUCGAGGUAAAAACAAAAUCACCACCAACCACCCCCCCCCCCCCCCUUCCCUCUCAACACGGUGCCGGUAAAUAUCGCCACAGUUCACCAAGGCAGCAAGGAUGAACGUUCCCAAAAAGCGUGCUCCGCUCUUCGUGUUCACCGCGAUGCUGUUCGCGGCCGUGGUGGUGCUGAGCCACGGCUCGCGAGUGAAGUUGAUCAACAACGGCUACGAGGCUCUGGUCAUCGCCAUCAACCCCGCCGUGCCGGAGGACCCCCAACUCAUCGACGCUAUCAAGGAUAUGAUCACAAAUGCAUCCUCUGACUUGUUCAGAGCAACAAAGUAUCGUCUCUACUUCCGGAAUGUCAGUAUUCUUAUUCCAGCAUCAUGGAAAACAAAUUCAAUCUACAACCGGCCAAAGUCUGAGUCCUAUGGAGCAGCAGAUGUGCUCAUUGUGUCCCGCGAUGAUCCCACCGACAAUUCGCCGUACACACACCAGUUUGGCCUGUGUGGGGAGCCUGGCCAGUACAUUCACCUCACUCCUAACUUCCUCCUGACCGACCACUACUUGGAAGCAUACGGCCCCCGAGGAAAAGUCUUUGUCCAUGAAUGGGGCCACCUCCGUUGGGGACUUUAUGAUGAAUACAACGACCAAGUGCCCUUCUAUUUGGAUAAAGGCAAAAUCGAGUUUACAAGGUGUUCCAAAGACUUAACGGGUGGUCACGUGAUGGUGAUGAGAAAUGAUAGCGUCUCUACACGCAAUUGUAACAUUGAUCCCAAGACGGGCCUUCCAGAAGAAGGAUGCACAUUUUUCCCAGACGUGGUUCAGACAGCAACAAGCUCCAUCAUGUCCAUUCAGGCCCUCGACAACGUAAAAGAAUUCUGCUCUGUAAACCAACACAACAAGGCCGCUCCCACCCUCCAUAACCGUCUGUGUGCCUCGAAGAGCACCUGGCAAAUCAUGCAGCGGCACAACGAUUUUAAGGUGAAAACAAAACUGCCGGUCGGAACGGACACGCAGCCGUCAUUUACGCUCCUGCAACCCACAGCCCGUGUCGUCACCCUCGUCUUGGACGUGUCUGGCAGCAUGAACGGGGCAAACCGUUUGCAAAGGAUGCGGCAGGCAUCUGAGAAUUUCAUCAUGAAAAUUUUGGAUGCAGGAACAUUGAUAGGGAUCAUCGUUUUCAACAGCAAAGCAAAUACGAACCUUGCUUUGACGAAAAUAACCGACGAAGCGAGCCGUGUGCUAAUUAAAAACAACCUCCCCAUGAAUGUCAACGGGGGAACCAAUGUGUGCGCGGGAGUCAGGCAUGCCUUUCAGGUUCUAAGGGCGCUGGAUGGUGAUGUGUCUGGAGAUGAGAUUGUUUUGCUGACUGACGGAGAAGACUCUGGUAUCAGCAGUUGUGUUGCUGAAGUCCAAAAUAGUCAAUGCAUUGUACACACCAUAGCCCUGGGACCAAACGCGGACCCAGCACUUGAGAAACUAACCACCGCCGGAGGCAUGAAAUUUUCUGCCAGUGACAACUUGGACACAAACAGUCUCGUGGACGCCUUCUCAUCUGCGAAGGCGGACGAUGGCGAUACGAGCUCUCUUGUGCUACAGCUGGAAAGCACAGGUCAGUCCCUCAACAGUGGUGAGACAAUGAAAGGGGAAAUUCAAGUGGAUGCCUCCAUUGGGAACAACACCCAGUUUGUGGUCACGUGGCUGGCAAGCACCGUGCCAGAGAUGCACAUCAUUGACCCAGACAACUUUGAUUAUCAGAACAACAACUUUGUCAUCGAUACGGUAUUCAAGACUGCACGGUUAACAAUCAAAGGCACUUCAAAGCCUGGUACGUGGACGUACAAAUUAAAGAACAAACACUCGGUCAAAGACAACAUUGCGAUCUCGAUCACGAGCAGUCAGUCCAACAGUAACCUCCCACCUAUCGAGGUGAAAGUCGUCAAGCCAACGGAUAGCAACGAUAAGCUGAGCGCCAUGCAGGUGUUCGCGGAGGUGAAGCAGGGCAGCACGCCCGUCGUGGGCGCCACCGUCAUUGCCACCAUUGAGCGGCCCAACGAAAAGCCUCUCGAGCUGCAGCUGUUUGACAACGGGGCCGGUGCUGACGCAAAAAAGAACGAUGGAAUUUAUUCCAGAUUCUUCGCACAGUUUACGGCAACUGGCCGAUACAGCUUAAAGGUGAAGGUUGUAGGAGAUAACAAGACGACAAGUCUGGCCCCACAGAGAGGCUCACGGGCCCUCUACAUUCCAGGGAAACGAAAGGCGAAUGGUGAACUGCAGGUGACGCAGCUGCCUCCCCCGGUGAUCAAGCAGGACCUGAAGCCAGUCUCAGACUUCAUCCGGGUGGCGUCGGCUGGCUCCUUCCAGGUGGCGGUGCCGCCAGGCGGCAUGAAGGACAUCUUUCCGCCAUGCCGCAUAACUGACCUCCAGGCUGAGCUGCAGACCUCAAGCUCUGUGAGCCUCACGUGGACAGCCCCUGGAGGGGAUGGUGACUUUGGACAAGCCGCAAUGUACAGGAUCAUGAUGAGCGGCAGCGUUGAUGGCUUGCUGAAUGGCACGGACUUUCGCUUGGUGGAGAGAGAGGACCUGGCGUGGGGUGAUUUGAACGCCCCCGGGGUGGCGGGCAACAUCGAGAACUUCACCGUCACGACGACGGAGCUCUCCGCCGGCGACGAGCUGUACUUCUGCGUGCAGGCGAUCGACAGCAGCGACAACGUGGCGCCCCUCUCCAACGUGGCCUUCGUCACCUACGUCGUCGCUCCGACCACGGCCGCUCCGACCACGGCCGCUCCGACCACGGCCGCUCCGACCACGGCCGCGCCGACCACGGCCGCUCCGACCACGGCCGCUCCGACCACAGCGGCACACGCCGCGCCCCAUAGUAACACGAGCACCAUGAUCGCUGCUGUUGGAAUAUGUGUCCCGGUGUCGGUAUGCUUGCUCAUAUGCAUCGUUUACCUAAAUAAGAAUAGGAAAGGUGGCCAUUACCAAAUAUCGACGCAAGACAUGGCUUACCAGGAAAAACUAGGCCAAGUGCAGGCGUUGACCGUUUUCAGUUCGGUGUCCAAUUCCCAAGACGUUGCACCCAAUUCAUCGCCUGACUCCACGAAAGAUGCCUGUGAAAUAUUACUGUUCAAGGAUGCUUAAAGUGUUGGAAUAUGCCCAGUUAUCAAUAUUUCGAGCUGAACAUAUAGUCUACAGAUCAACGACCACGCCAAAUAGCGUGGUCCAUUUUUUUCUGUUUAACCAAUAAAACAUACUUUGGUUGUCUAAAAAUAUAUGUAAGAUUCCAUAAUGGCCCAAUAUGGUAUUCUGUUAACCUGAAACUAACCACAUCAUAAUACUCGUGAGCUAAUCCAAAAAUAUACUCAACCGCUUUAUAAACAUAAUUAUUUUGAUUUAAAACUUUCGUGACUGCAGGGAUUCAUAUUCUUGGUUCUUUCGGUAAAGUCACGUAGAAGGGAAACAAUACAAUAAUAAAAAUAU